GAAGGCUCCGGCCUGGGUGAGUUACCGGCCUGAUGUGUCUGCGUCCCCGGCUCCAGGUCAACGAGAGGGUGUUGAACCGACUCCACCAUGUGCAGAAGAUCACGCGGCGGCUCAAGCAGGAGAGGAGAUUCCUUAUGAGGGUCCUGGAUUCCUACGGGGAUGACUAUAGACAGAGCCAGCUCACCAUUGUCCUAGAGGAUGAAGGCAGCCCCAGCACAGAAGCCCCCACCCCAGGAAAUACUGAGAACGAGCCUCCAGAGAAGGAGACCCCCCGGCGCUUCCCUGGCCCCCCACCGGCUGGCCCAGAGCCCAAGAGCCCAUCCCAGGCGGAAACCCCCACUGGAAAGAAGCGUCGCCGGCACGGGCGUGAGGACAAGGAGCAGAGGGGCAGGCGGCUGGCCCCUGCCCUCCUCCCCAUGGAUGACUUCCCUGCACAGCUCAAAGAAGAGGACGAGUUCCCCUGCGACCAGGAUGCCGUACUUAGCUCCAGCUGGCCCCUGCCCCGGCCCCGGGACAAGCUCCUCCAUUACCCCAAGUUCUCCAGCCCCGGGGCCUGCGCUGAUUUUGACUGAACCCUCCUGAAACUGACCAGGCCCCUCGCUCCAGCCCUCAAAGGGUUAAACCAGGAGGGGUGCGGCCCUUCCCUGUGGACUGGAGGGUUAACCCCUUGUACACCAGUCCCCUGUGCUGCGGGACCGACAGCUAAGCAGGGACAGGGUGGGGAGCCCCCAGCCGGCUGGGAGAAGGUUUCCCAGGGUGGGUAAAACUCCUGCCGUAAUCUUUCAGGCUUAAAAGCCCUGCGGAGCAGGGCAGGUCACGUAACGGGGAAAUAAAGAGACGCUGGCCUGGGCCACAGCAAACAAAUACUGAGUGAACUCUGCUGUGCCGAGUUAGAGCAGGGGGUGGGGAUGCCUGGGUUCUGUCCCGGGGAGGGCAGUGGGGUCUA